UGCAGCUUAAGGUUCAGGCUGCUGCCUCCGCCUCCUCCUCCUCACUAUACAACUUGGCUGCCCAGCAAUUUCCCGUGGCGCUGGCUGGAGAGGUAGCUCGCUGGGAAAGAGCAGCCGGGUUCGGGGCUGUGUGUGCGCGCGUGUGGUGGGGAAGAGAGGCGCCCUGGGCUGUGUGAUGAUCCGGGUAUGGAGGGCAAGCAGGGGGGAGCCUCUGGGGCCGCUGCUUUGCUGCUGAGCCGCUCCGGGAGCCGCGGGGCGCAGCAGGGACCAGCUGCCAGGCGACGUGCCAGCAACUGCUGCUGGGCUCGGGGGCGGCGUGUCCCCCUUCCCGGGGCGGCGGCGGCAGCCGCCCUAGGCUGGGUCUGAGCGCUCCUUGCAGUGCCGCUCGCUGCCGCGGCGCUUAUCAGCUCUGCGCCCUUCCCCAGGCAGGGGCGGAGGGUGCACACGGGGGGAAAGGGGGCGCCGAGCCGGCCAGGGGCAGAGAGCAGCAGCCAUGCUGCCCGGGGUGGGGGUGUUCGGCACCAGCCUCACCGCCCGGGUCAUCAUCCCGCUGCUGAAGGACGAGGGCUUCUCGGUCAAAGCGAUUUGGGGCCGGACCCAGGAGGAGGCGGAGGAGCUGGCCAAGGAGAUGAGCGUCCCCUUCUACACCAGCCGGAUAGACGAGGUCUUGCUGCACCAGGACGUGGACCUGGUCUGCAUCAACCUGCCGCCGCCGCUCACCAGGCAGAUCGCGGUCAAAACCCUGGGCAUUGGAAAAAAUGUUAUCUGUGACCGAACAGCAACUCCCCUGGAUGCCUUUAGGAUGAUGUCUGCAGCCCAUUAUUACCCCAAGCUCAUGAGCAUCAUGGGGAACGUUCUCCGCUUCCUGCCUGCCUUUGUGAAGAUGAAGCAGCUGAUUCAGGAGGGCUAUGUGGGGGAGCUGCUGGUGUGUGAGGUGCAGGUGCACAGCGGAAGUCUGCUGGGCAAGAAGUACAAUUGGAGCUGUGAUGACCUGAUGGGGGGCGGGGGUUUGCACUCGGUUGGUACCUAUAUCAUCGACCUCUUGACCUUCCUCACCAGCCAGAAGGCUGUGAAAGUGCAUGGGCUGCUCAAGACCUUUGUGAAACAGACUGACUACAUCAAGGGAAUACGUCAGAUUACCAGUGAUGACUUUUGCACGUUUCAAAUGGUUCUGGAAGGAGGGGUGUGCUGCACUGUCACCCUCAACUUCAAUGUCCCUGGGGAAUUCAAACAGGAUAUUAUUAUGGUAGGUUCAACUGGACGACUGAUUGUAAUAGGCACUGAUCUGUAUGGGCAGAGAAACAGCUCUCCUCAAAGAGAGCUCCUUCUAAAGGACUCUAUGCCAGUCAGCAACUCCUUACUGCCUGAGAAGGCCUUCAGUGAUAUCCCAUCCCCAUACCUUCAGGGCACUAUUAAGAUGGUGCAGGCCAUCCGACAAGCGUUUGAGGACCAGGAUGACAGGAGAACCUGGGAUGGGAGGCCCCUCACCAUGGCUGCGACUUUCGAUGACUGCCUGUAUGCCUUGUGCGUAGUGGACACCAUUAAAAAGUCAAACCAGCUAGGGGAAUGGCAGAACAUUGCAAUCAUGACAGAAGAGCCAGAGCUGAGCCCUGCAUACCUCAUCAGUGAAGCCAUGCGUAGGAGCAGAAUGUCUCUGUACUGCUAGCUUCACUCAGCUCUUAAAAAGGAAUGGAAACAACACAGCUCUUAAAGAAUAAUUCAGACAGCAUAAGGAUUUGGACAUAUAAAAGUUUGACAAAUUUGGUGUUUAAACCAACUAAACUAGUUGGUGCCUCUAUAUUACGGUGAUGGGCGCAUUAGAAAUGCCUAAGCUAGACAGCUGGAAAUGAGAAUUGUUUAAGGGCUGACCUAAAUCACUUGUGCUAACUGUUUAGCAGCAGUAUUAACUGGCUGGAUAGCAAGAUAUCAUGGAAUCAGUCUCCUGCAUGGAAGUGCUUAGCUGAUCCAGACGUGCUUACUGUGAAAGUUCAGGAAGGUCCUUUUAGACUUACCUGUCCUGCCAGAGGGCUGUGAAGGUUCUGUCAUGUCAGAAAGUCUCCUGUGGCAUCUGAUGUGAAGAGUUCCUACCAUGCCAGCUGACAACACCACACUGUACUACUACAUUACUAACCAGUACGUAGAAUAAGAAGACUUGGUGUGACCAAGUGUCAUGUGACCUGGACACACUUGGCAGCUCAAUUUUCAUAGUUUAUUCUGAGGGGGGGAGUUGUUUUUGUUUUUGUUUUUUUGUUUUUUUUUAAACUACAAUUAAGUAGGGAACAUUGUGGCUUUUGUAAACAAGUCGGUCUCCAACAGCAGCUCAUAUAACUAGGGGGUGGGGAUGGGGAAAGCAUUCUACAAACUCAUGUUGAGUUUCAAUGUUAGCUGUACAGAUGUGCUCAUAAAGAAGGUUUGUGCAAAACCUUCAUCAGCAAAAUCCAGGCCACGUGACACUCUCCUGAUUUGGGGUUUUUACACAGCCAAAACUUGGACCAGGGUUUACACACUUUUUUUUUCCCUGUGAGCCUGGGAUUGAGUUCUGAGUGAACUGGGCUUGAAUUAUGGCAGAGAAUAUACAAAACUAAGUCGGCUUUUACCCAAAAGCUAUGUUUUGAGUUUUUGUGUACUUUUACAUGCAUGUGAACCUCAACCUAAAAGAAGAAAUCUGCACCAGCCACCAAAUUUCCCGUUGCUCAGCCCAGAAGCUUUCAGCUCCUGAAGAUGGAAGGUCUGAAUGAUAAGCCACAAAGAAUGAGAAAAAUUCUUAUAGAUUUGCAGGGAAAAAAGCAAAAACCUCCUUAAUUGCCUAAAGUCAGCAGCCACUGGUACUAUGCUGACUGUUCUGCAGGAACAGACAAAUGGUCUCUGGUUUACUUAUCCCUCUUGUCUUUAAUGUGUUAGGCCCUGCUCUUGCAAACAUUUUAUGCGGAUGCUUGGGAGUUGUCCUGGUGAGCUCUGUGGGGCUCCUCUUAUGCAUUAAGCUACUCACAUGUUCACGAGUUUUCAGCAUCGGGGCUGCAGCUAUGAAAAAUAACACAAUAAAAUGUAAUCCCGAAAAGAAUACAAAACAAAAUUGCAUUUGUCUUAAACUGUAGCAAAACAACUUGUUUUGGUUAAUCUGAUUGGGCGGCCGGGGCGGGGGGAGUGGAGAGGGAGGGGAGAGAGGACCUCUUAGGGCUUGGCU